AUUUAAGCUUCCUUGUUAAGACUCAAAGGUAAUUCUUAAAAAGUCAUUAGGAAAAGUUUAUUCAGCCUGCUAAAAAGUGAAAAAAAUUAGUUGUAUCUCUUGCUUCUAUUUAAACACUUUCCUUUAACGUCUUGCAAAAACCAAAACUUUGUGAAGACAUACAUAUUUCCUCUUAAUUAUAUUAGCAAAGUUGAGUUUGGGGCCGUGAAUUUCUUUGCGCCAACUUCCUAAUUGAUUUUUAAUCAAAUGUCCCACUUGUCGUUGGUAUAAAAACACCACUCGUGCUGGCCAAAAGUCAACAGAAUCAAUAUGAACGCCUUAAGCAACAAACUCAUUGGCUGUCAGAUUAAAUUUGCCCUCAUUGUGGGCCUGUUGGUAUCCUUGGCCUGGGCACUUCCUGUCGAGGAUGAUAGGAAUCCCCUACCAACAGAAAAUUCUGCCGUGAACACCGAGCAGCCCAUUGAAGCAUCCCCUGUGGUGGAAAAUGCAGAAAGUGCUGCUCAGCUCCGAUUCCCGCCUUUCAAUAACAAUGGAACGAACUUUUUCGAAAGGUUUGGUGAAAAAUUCAGGAAUAAGUGGACCACAACUACAACUACAACCACAACGACCAAGAGUCCAGCAGCAUAAGCUCCAUAAGAAAAAUUAGAAGGACCGCAAGCAGCAACGAUCAGUACCUAAAAGAUUACCACAUACUUAUUUAUUUUAUAUUUAUUAAAAUUCACCUUUUUAUGCCAGAACUAAUUUGUCUUACAUUUUCAAUAAAACUGAAA